AUGGCCGGUCCGUUAAAAAAGAAGAGAAAGGUUGAUUCGACUAGGGCACCGCAGAAUACCCGGAGCAUUGCUUCAUAUUUUAGUGCAGGAAGGAAAGCAACGUCACAGCAAAUCCCUAGCACCGAGCAUCAGCUUACGGACGAGCAACUGGCCCAGAAGCUUCAAACGGAAUGGAAUAAAAAAAGCCAGGACGACUCUGGAUCUUCUACUCCUGGUCAUAGAGCAACGGAAACCCUUCAGGAAGAAAAACCGCAAGCGUCUGAUGAAGUAGCCGUUGCUAGCUCAAGCACCGACAAAGGCAGCUUACCUGAUACUCCAGCUCUUACGCCCGGAAAAGUGAAUGAGCCCAAGGGAAUACUAUCUCUACAGAGCUCCUCAACGGCUGAGGAUACCAUAUCAUUUUCAUUGCCUUUUGAUCUUAGUCCGUUGGAAUUCGAUCCGCAUGAACAAAAAGAAAAACUUCAGGCACACUGGGAUGCGGAAGGCGGGAAAGCGUCGUAUGCCAUUUUAGCUCGCGCCUUUUCUCUUGUCAAUGGAACACAGAGCAGGAUCAAAAUAGUUGAUAUACUUGUGAACGUUCUUAGGCUUAUAAUCGUUGGUGAUCCACAGAGCCUACUUCCGGCGGUGUGGUUGGCAACAAAUGCCUUUGCUCCGCCAUACGUGCCAAUUGAAUUGGGGCUAGGAGGGUCUGCCAUAUCCAAAGCAUUGAAAAGAGCUUAUGGGUUGGAUAACCAGGGUCUUAAAUCACUUUACAACAAACAUGGCGAUGCUGGCGAUGUGGCUUUUGAAGCAAAAAAAAAGCAGUCAUUUACGCUGAGACGACCAAAGCCGUUGACUAUCAGAAGUGUAUACGAUGCGCUGAUGAAAAUUGCGAACAGCAAAGGCACAGGGAGUCAGGAGACAAAGCAAAGAAUUGUUGAGAAAUUGCUCCAAGACACGCGAGGUGCAGAGGAGAGCCGGUAUAUCGUCCGUACACUUGUUCAACAUCUCCGGAUUGGAGCCGUUAAAACAACGAUUUUGAUUGCACUUGCAAGAGCGUUUCUCUACUCCAAACCACCGGCAGCCACAUUUCCCAUACGUUCGCGCGCAGAGCUCAUGAGCUUGAGUAAAGAGGAUCUAUCAAGUAUCUACUCUCAGGCUGAAGAGACUAUCAAAGCAUGCUAUGCCCGGCAUCCUAACUACAACAUGAUUGUUCCAUGUUUAUUGGAAAAUGGAGUUUCUGCUGAACUUCUUACGAAAUGCGGCAUCACAUUGCACGUUCCUUUAUUACCCAUGUUGGGUAGUAUUACCCGAGACCUUCCGCAAAUGUUAACCAGGCUACAUGGCCGAUCCUUUACCUGCGAGUACAAGUAUGAUGGGCAAAGGGCGCAGGUACACUGUGAUGCAGCGGGGAAAGUGUCCAUUUUCUCUCGCCAUUUAGAACUCAUGACGGAUAAAUACCCGGACUUAGUGUCUCUUGUCCCUGAGAUUCGAUCUGGAACUGUUUCUAGCUUUAUUAUGGAAGGUGAAGUGGUUGCUGUUAAUAACGAAACUGGAGAAUUGCUUCCUUUUCAAACACUCACGAAUCGGGCGAAGAAAAAUGUGGAAAUAGGUAGUAUCAAAGUCAAUGUCUGCUUAUUCUCGUUUGACUUGAUGUACCUGAAUGGACAGCCGCUACUUGACAGAACAUUUCGGGAAAGACGUGAACUUCUUAGGAGUUUGUUCGUCGAGAUCCCGAAUCGAUUUACAUGGGUAAAGAGUAUAGAUGCUUUCCCAUCUGAUUCAGACGCUGUCCUGAACUUUUUCAACGAUGCCCUUCAAGUAAAAUGCGAGGGCAUAAUGGUUAAAGUUCUGGAUGAUAAGCCAGUUGAUCGCCUGUUACAGGCAGCAGAUACCGCGGCAGCUCUUGGUGAUGGUGAAUUACUGCCUCCUGAAGAGGAUCAGCAACAAGAGUCUACGGAUACCGCCGAGAAGCAGCGAGGAAACCGAAAACGGCCGCUGCUAUCAACAUACGAGCCGGACAAACGCCUCGAGUCUUGGCUUAAAGUGAAGAAGGAUUAUAGUGCUUCUUCAGAGACCUUAGACUUGAUUCCCAUUGCGGCAUGGCAUGGCCAAGGUCGAAAGGCCAAAUGGUGGUCUCCGAUACUUCUUGCUGUGCGAAACCCUGAAACCGGCUCUCUCGAGGCAGUUACCAAGUGCAUGUCCGGUUUCACUGAUAAGUUUUAUGAAGCGAAUAAGGAGAAGUACGCGGAAGGCAGCGACAAUAUAAUCUCACGCCCGAGCUACGUGGAGUACUGUGGCGAGCCAGAGGUUUGGUUUCAACCUCAGGAGGUGUGGGAGAUGGCUUUUGCAGAUAUCACACUGAGUCCUACGUAUACUGCAGCCAUAGGACUGGUUAGUGAUGAACGGGGCCUAAGCCUUCGAUUCCCAAGGUUCUUGAGAGUGAGAGAGGACAAGAGCAUUGAUGAAGCUAGCACAUCCGACUAUCUUGCCCAUCUUUGGGACAAGCAGACGGAGAGAGCAAAGGUGGCGGAGCCUCAGGCUGGGGAUUGA